UACCCAGAGGGCGGAGGAGACGCGCAGGAGGAAAGAUGGAGGAUUACCAGGCUACGGAGGAGACUACUUUCGUUGUUGAUGAAGUGAGCAACAUUGUAAAAGAGGCUAUAGAAAGUGCAAUUGGCGGUAACGCUUACCAACACAGCAAAGUGAAUCAGUGGACCACAAACGUAGUAGAACAAACUUUAAGCCAACUCACCAAGCUGGGGAAACCAUUUAAAUACAUUGUGACCUGUGUAAUUAUGCAAAAGAAUGGAGCUGGAUUACACACAGCAAGUUCCUGCUUCUGGGACAGCUCUACUGAUGGGAGCUGUACUGUGCGAUGGGAGAACAAGACCAUGUACUGCAUUGUCAGCGCCUUCGGACUGUCUAUUUGACCACCUCAGCCAGCCUGCGACCUUCCUCCCUUUGUCUCGACAUUUCUAUUCCAUCUUCUAAUGUCCAACAUGAUAUUCGAUGAACGCUUUUCUUGCUCUUUAAGUGUAUUUUGUGGCUCUCUUAAAAUGUAGAGGAAAAAACCAAAUGACCACACUGUUACAUGAACCAUGUGCUGUAAGUCAGCUGCGUGAUGUGAUACACUGUAGGUAGUCUGAAGCCUGGCUUGCCACUUGUCUUAACUCUGAGUACUUCUUUUCAAAGGUGCUAUAAACUGAAACCUGCUGGUAUGAAACUUUCUUGACUCUCUGAAAUGAUUCAAAUACACUAAUUUUCCAUACUUUAUACUUUUGUUAGAAUAAUAAAUUAUUCAAAUUUAAA